CCCCUGGUGGGUGAAGGGCGGCGGAGUAGCGCACAGGAACUGCUUUCAGUCCAUGGCUGACACGGAAGAGGAAAACUUGCAGAGCCAAAUUGAUGAGAUUGAAGCUUUAUCUUCCAUCUAUGGUGAUGAUUGGUGUGUAAUCGAUGAAGCCGCAAGAAUAUUUUGCAUAAAAAUCUCCAACUCGCUUGAUCAACCAGAAUGGACCCUUUGUCUGCAGGUGAUUCUGCCACCAGAAUACCCAGCCACCGCACCACCUCUUUAUCAGCUAAAUGCUCCAUGGCUCAGGUGUGAAGAUCGGCUGACAUUGUCAAAUUACCUUGAAGACAUUUACCUGCAAAAUCUUGGUGACAAUAUACUUUAUCAUUGGGUGGAGAAGAUCAGGGAAUUCUUGAUAGAGAAAUCUAAGACUUCUGAUCCAGGUCCAAAGUUAAGAGCUGCAACAGAAGAAGCUGAUGAUGAUGAGAUUGCAUCCAGUUCCGAGCUAUUAAAUGAGUUGUUUGCUAACUCAGCAGUUAUUGGACAUUUUGAAGCACUUGAAGAAACUGAAAAAGAGGUGCCAACAAUAGUACAUGGUGAGCCAAUAAGUGAGAGGAGAAGUACUUUCCAGGCACACUUAGCCCCGGUGACAAGUCCUGCUCAGGUGAAGCAAGUACUGAACAAACUUUAUGAAAACAAGAAAAUUGCAAGUGCAACUCACAACAUUUAUUCAUACAGGAUAUACUCCAAAAAGACAAACAGCUUUAUGCAGGACUGUGAGGAUGAUGGAGAAACAGCGGCUGGUAAACGUCUUUUACAUCUUAUGCAGAUUUUAGAUGUCAAGGAUGUAAUGGUGGUAGUAUCACGCUGGUAUGGAGGCAUUCUUCUUGGGCCAGAUCGCUUCAAGCACAUAAACAACUGUGCGCGAAAUAUACUAGUAGAACAUAACUACACUUCCUCUACAGAUGAAUCUGUUAAACAUGGAAAGAACAAAAGCAAUUCCAAAGAAGGCAAGAAGAGGGCAGAACAUUAAUAUAUGAGAAAUAUUGGUUGCAG